CAACGGAAUAUGAUUCGUUUCUCUGAAUAAAUUUGGACUUUAUCAAAAUGCUGCGGGUCAUUAUUGAGUCCGCAAGUGGGAUCCCCAAAAAGAAACUUGGAAAUCCAGAUCCAAUAGCUACGGUGGUCUUUAGAGGUGAAAAGAAGAAAACCAAAGCAGUUGACAAUGAAUUGAAUCCUGUUUGGAAUGAAGUGCUUGAAUUUGAUCUGAAAGGCUCUUCCUUGGAUGCAUCUUCAUUCAUCAACGUGGUUGUAAAAGACUAUGAAACAAUCGGCAAAGACAAGUUCAUUGGCUCGGCAAAAAUCUCUCUGACAGACUUGGCCAGUGGUCAAGUGAAGUCCCUCCCAUUCAAGAAUGUGCCCUUGAUCAAUGAGAAACAACAGGCUGUUGGGGCAACCAUUAAUUUGCUCCUUGUGUAUGAGCCACUUUCCAGCACUACUCCAAACCUAAAUGAUCAACCGGCUGGAGACAUGUCUCAUGUGGAUGCUGGAGUCAGUGAUGAAGAUGAUGAGGGGGAGGAAGACGUGGAGGGAGGAGGUCCAGGAGCUCCCACUUCACCAAACCAGCCUGGGAAACCCAGCCACAAGCCAAUCCGUCUCAGCCGUAAGAGGCAUAGAGCCCUGGCCAAUAAGCCUCAGGACUUCCAGAUUCGUGUUCGGGUUAUCGAGGGCCGACAGUUGCCUGGCAACAACAUCAAGCCAGUGGUGAAGGUGAAUGUAUGUGAACAGACCCACAGGACUAGAAUCAGAAGAGGAAAUAACCCGUUCUUUGACGAGAUGUUUUUCUACAACGUUAACAUGCUCCCUUCAGAACUGUUGGACGAGAGCAUCAGUCUUCGGGUUUAUGACUCCUUCUCCCUCAGAUCUGACAGUCUAAUGGGAGAGUUCAAGCUGGAUGUUGGCUACAUCUAUGAUGAACCAGGUCAUGCGAUAAUGAGGAAAUGGCUCCUCCUGAGUGAUCCUGAUGACUCCAGCUCAGGGGCCAGAGGUUACCUGAAAGUCAGCAUAAUUGUUUUGGGCACUGGAGAUGAGCCACCGACUGACAGGAGAGAGAUAAGCGAGGAGCAGGAUGACAUAGAAAGCAAUCUUUUGUUGCCAGCUGGUGUCACAAUGCGAUGGGCAACUCUCAACCUCAAAGUCUACCGUGCCGAGGAUAUGCCACAGAUGGAUGAUGCCUUUAUUCAGUCGGUAAAACAGGUCUUUGGAGGGGAUGGAGAUAGGAAAAACUUGGUGGAUCCAUAUUUGGAAGUCAGCUUUGCUGGCAAGAAGCUGCGCACCAAAAUCAUUGAGAAAAAUGCUAAUCCGGAGUGGAAUCAACUAAUCAGUCUCCAAGUCAAGUUCCCGUCCAUGUGUGAACGCAUCAAGCUGACUAUGUAUGACUGGGAUCGUCUAACCAAGGAUGAUGCCAUAGGGACAACAUAUUUAAAUCUGAGCACAAUGUCUUCCUCUGGUGGAGAGAUUGAAGACAAACGGGCUGAAAAUUGCAACACAGUGUCUGAAUUGAGCAGCGAAGCAUCAGAGGUUGGGUUUCUCCCAGCUUUUGGGCCUUGCUAUGUCAACCUGUACGGUAGCCCAAGAGAGUUUACUGGCCUGCCCGACCCAUAUGAGGAACUCAACUUUGGAAAGGGUGAAGGGGUCGCUUACAGGGGGAGGGUCCUUGUUGAGCUGUCCACUCAGCUGGAUGGAAAGGUUGAUAAGAAUGUGGAUGACAUCUCCAGUGAUGACAUCCUAGUGGCACAGAAAUACCAGCGGAGGAGGAAGUACUGUCUGUGCGCUGUGUUCCACAGUGCGUGCAUGCUCCAAGAACCGGGCGAGCCAAUCCAGUUCGAGGUCAGCAUUGGUAACUAUGGUAACAAGCUGGACUCCACCUGCAAGCCCCUGUCAUCCACCACCCAGUACAGCUACGCUGUGUUUGAUGGUAAUCACUAUCAUUACCUGCCCUGGGCUGACACUAAGCCUGUAGUGAUUCUCACUUCAUACUGGGAAGACAUCAGCCACCGCCUGGACUCUGUCAACAUUCUCCUCUUCAUCGCUGAAAGACUGGAGUCCCACCUCACCUCUUUAAAAACAGCCAUCUUAGCCAAGGUUUCUGAGACACGUCUGGCAGAGAUUUGGCUCAAACUCAUCAACCACAUGAUUGAGGACCUUAACAGUUUCCAGCUUCCAGAGCUGGAGGGCCAGCCCAAUGUGACUGUACUGGAUCUCCAGAUGAAAAACCUGCGUGAUGCUGCUGUGAAAAGUAUCACACGGAUGGCCAGUCGCAUGAGAGAGGAGGCCACAGAUGUCAAGGCUACUGUCGGUGACAUUGAAGACUGGUUGGACAGAAUCAAACAGCUGGCAGACGAACCUCAGAACAGCAUGCCAGAUGUGAUCAUCUGGAUGUUAAGAGGAGAGAGGCGGGUGGCUUUUGCCCGAGUCCCAGCAAACCAGAUCCUGUACUCCAACUUCAGCGAACAGUCACGUGGCAAACACUGUGGACAGACCCAGACCAUCUUCAUGCAGUACCCCAUGGACAAAAAUAAAGGUGUGAAGAUCCCUGUUCAGCUGCGGGUCAACAUGUGGCUCGGGCUCUCUGCUCAUGAGAAGAAGUUCAACAGCUUCUCAGAAGGGAACUUCAGUGUAUUUGCUGAAAUGUAUGAGAACCAGGCCCAUGUGAUUGGGAAGUGGGGAACUACCGGCCUGGUUGGUCGCCAUAAGUUUUCAGAUGUGACUGGAAAGGUGAAACUCAAACAAGAGCGCUUCCUGCCACCACGUGGAUGGGAAUGGGAGGGAGACUGGUUUGUUGACCCUGAGCGAUGCCUGUUGACAGAAGCAGAUGCGGGCCACACAGAGUUCACAGAUGAAGUUUUUCAGAAUGAAACACGUUUCCCUGGUGGGGAGUGGAAACCCGCUGCAGAGCCCUACACAGACGUGAAUGGAGAAAAGACUCAAAGCCCAAGAGAGUAUGAGUGUCCACUGGGAUGGACAUGGGAGGAUGACUGGAGCUUUGACAGCAACAGGGCUGUUGAUGAGAGAGGUUGGGAAUAUGGAGUUACCAUUCCUCCUAAUGAUAAGCCCAAAUCCUGGGUUGCAGCAGAGAAAAUGUACCAUGUCCAUCGCAGGAAGAGACUCAUAAGACCACGGAAGAAGAUAUCUGAUAAAAUGGCUGCUACUGAGAGGCAAGAACCAGGGGAAGGCUGGGAAUACUCUUCCCUCAUUGGCUGGAAGUUCCACAGAAAGGAGCGCACGUCUGACACGUUCCGCCGCCGCCGCUGGAGAAGAAAGAUGGUCCCAUCAGAUCGCAUCGGGGCCUGCGCCAUCUUCAGACUGGAAGGGGCAUUAGGGGUUGAUAUUGACGAGAAGGCCAGUAAAACGGAUGCAGCCAAAGUAUUUGGUGCCAACACACCCACUGUUUCCUGCCACUUCAGCCGGUCCUACUUUUACCAUCUGAGAGUGUACGUGUAUCAGGCGAGGAAUCUCUGUGCCAUGGACAAAGACAGCUUCUCAGAUCCCUACGUCCAUGUGUCAUUCCUACAUCUGAGUAAGACCACGGAAGUCAUAAGGGCCACCCUGAACCCCACAUGGGAUCAGACUCUCAUCUUUGAGGACAUUGAAAUCUACGGAGACCCACAAAGUAUUGCCCGCAACCCUCCUGAUGUGGUGUUGGAGCUGUACGACAGUGAUCAAGUGGGUAAAGAUGAGCCCAUGGGUCACUGUACAUGCCCCCCAGUUGUGAAACUGAACCCCAGUGUGGCCGUUAGUCCUAAACUGCUGUGGUUCCCAGUCACCAAAAAAGGUCGCAGUGCUGGGCAGGUACUGCUGGCUGCAGAGCUCCUGCUGAAGGACAAGGUGAAUGAUGGAGAUCUGCCCCUGGUGCCUCCUCGACGGGGAGAGAAGCUCUACAUGGUUCCCCAGGGAAUCAGGCCCGUAGUCCAGCUCACUGCGAUUGAGGUCUUGACUUGGGGCUUGAGGAACAUGAAGACCUACCAGUUGGCCACAAUUUCCUCCCCCAGUUUGAUAGUGGAAUGUGGUGGUGAGAGUAUUCAAACCGCUGUAAUCAAGAACUUCAAAAAGAACCCAAACUUCCCUGGAUCCAUUCUGCUACUCAAAGUGCUUCUCCCCAAAGAGGAGAUGUACACCCCUCCCAUUGUGCUGAAGGUAAUCGACCACCGACCAUUCGGAAGGAAACCUGUAGUGGGUCAGUGCACCAUCGACUGCCUGGAGCAGUUUCGCUGUGAUCCGUAUGGCAUUAACAGUGAAGUCUGCAUGUCUGCUAGAGUGGCAAUGAUAGCUGCUGCCCAGGGAGAUGUUGUCAUAGACAUUGAGGAGAGACCCAUCAUGAUAACUGAGCUUCAAGCAGAAAAGGAGGCGGAAGCAGUAGACUGGUGGAGUAAGUUCUAUGCCUCUGUUGGAGAGCAGGAAAAGUGUGGGCCUUACCUGAAAAAGGGAUACGACAAAUUACAGGUAUAUGACAGUGAACUAGAAAAGGUUGCACAGUUCCAGGGUCUCACUGAUUUCUGCAGCACUUUCCAACUUCAGCGAGGAAAGACUGAAGAUGAGGAAGAUGAUCCCUCUGUGGUGGGAGAGUUCAAGGGCUCAUUCAAGAUUUACCCACUGUCUGACGACCCAGGGGUGCCAGCUCCACCCCGCCAGUUCAAAGAGCUUCCUGAGAGCGGACCUCAGGAGUGUCUGAUCAGGAUUUAUGUGGUGCGUUGUAUUAACUUGCAGCCUAAGGAUACAAAUGGCAUGUGUGACCCAUACAUUAAGAUUACACUGGGGAGGAAAACACUGGAUGACAGAGAUAACUACAAACCAAACACCCUUAAUCCAGAGUUUGGGAGGAUGUUUGAGCUGUCCUGCUUCAUGCCUCAAGACAAGGACCUGAAGAUUGCUGUGUAUGACUAUGACUUACUGAGCAGAGAUGAAAAAGUGGGUGAGACAGUCAUCGAUUUGGAGAACAGACUCCUGUCUCAUUUCAGGCCCUGCUGUGGCCUGCCACAGACUUACUGUGUUUCAGGGAUCAAUCGGUGGAGAGACCAACUGAAGCCUUCUCAGAUCCUCCACAACGUGGCUAGGGUGAGAGGCGUCCCUCCUGCACGCAUAGAGGGAGAUGGCAGCUCACUGUCCUACUCGGGAAAACAAUAUAACCUGCAAGAUUUUGAGGCAAACACUGUAAUCCACCCGCACUUGGGCCCAGCCAGAGAGAGGCUGGCCCUGCAUGUCCUCAGAAACCAGGGCUUGGUACCAGAGCAUGUGGAGACCAGAACUCUGUGCAGCUCCCACCAACCCAACCUGUCUCAGGGACAAAUUCAAAUGUGGGUAGACAUUUUCCCCAAGAGCCUUGGUUUGCCAGGGCCUCCAUGUGAUAUCAUUCCACGCAAAGCCAAGAAGUACUUCUUGCGAGCCAUCAUUUGGAACACAACUGAUGUCACUCUGGACGAAACAAGCAUCACUGGAGAAAACAUGAGUGACAUCUAUGUCAAAGGAUGGAUGCCAGGUAUGGAGGAGGACAAGCAGAAGACUGAUGUCCACUACAGAUCCCUGGAUGGUGAUGGAAAUUUCAACUGGAGGUUCAUCUUUGAGUUUGACUACCUGCCUGCAGAACAGCUGUGCGUUGUCUCGAGGAAACAACACUUUUGGAAUCUGGACAAAACUGAAUUUAGGAUUCCACCUAAAUUGAUCAUCCAGAUAUGGGACAAUGACAAAUUCUCCCUGGAUGACUACUUAGGUUCAGUUGAGCUGGACCUAGUCAAUCUGAUCCCCCCUGCUAAGAGCCCAGAAAAGUGCAGCCUAAAGAUGUUGCCAGGGAUGGCGGGCUCAGCUUCCUCCAAAAAACCACUGCCCAACUCACUCUUCUCCCAGAAGUCUGCACGAGGCUGGUGGCCAUGCGCAAUCGAGCAGGAUGGGAAACAUGUCCUUGGUGUAUGUUUAUAUUCCACAGCACAGUCCCUAGUUAAGUUUUUUUUGUUUCCUGGUUAUUGUUUAAGAAUGUGUUUCAAAAUGUCACAGGGGAAAGUUGAGAUGACACUGGAAAUAGUGGAGGAGAAGGAGAUGGAGGAAAGACCUGCUGGGAAAGGCAGAGAUGAGCCAAACAUGAAUCCCAAACUGGACCAACCCAACCGCCCUGACACGUCAUUCUUCUGGUUUACAAAUCCUUGUAAGACCAUGAAGUUCAUAAUUUGGCGCAGAUUCAGAUGGAUUUUCAUUUUAACGAUUAUCCUUCUGCUGGUUAUCUUGUUCCUCGGGAUCCUGUUCUACUCCCUACCGAACUACAUCUCAAUGAAGAUUGUGAAGCCUUUCUCCUAAGGAGUAUUGCAGAGAAGCUAUCUGCCUUCCUGCUGCAGAAUCUAUGGUCCUCUUCACUAUUACCGUCCCUCAGAAAUAUCUCUGUUGAUGCCAUAGCAGACUGAUAUUCAGCAUUCUCCUCUCACAUAAUCAUAUCAGACCUGUCUGGGUUUUUUUUCACUCUCCAUAUUGCUUAUGUUUCUUGUGUAGCAAAUAAUCUCUCUUAUGUUCAAAUUUUGAAAAAAAAAACCAAGAAUGUCAAGAAUGAUAUAUUUUAAUAAACUUUGUAUAAACAAA